AUGCUUUCCGCUCGCCCCGUCAUCCGAUCAACAGUGCCUCGUGCCGCACGCGCUACUCGUGCUCCCCGUCGCCAGAUUCGCUUCCAAUCCACAUCCACAGCUUCCUCAGCCUCAAGCAGCACACACCUCGCAGCUGGCAUCGCUGGUGGUUUUGUCGGCUCCGCCAUCUUCUACGGCAUCUACUCCUACACACCCGCUGGCCGCGCUGCCUCAAAUAUCAACAAGGCUGCUAAGGAGGCCUAUCAAAAGUAUGACGCUGCUGCAAAGAAGCUCCAGCAGAAGGCCCCCGAUGCCGACCAGGCUGUGAACUACAUCAAGGAGUUUGCAUACUCAUACGUUGGCUGGAUCCCUGGUGGCCGCUCUUACGUUGAUGCUGCCUUCCAAGACUGGGAGAAGGUCCGCGAGAACAACAAGGAUGAGGCCGACAAGCUCGUCAACGAUGCCUACAAGCAGUUCCAGGACCUUUCCAAGUCAGGUCUAAGCAUCGAGACCGCCACCAAGGCCUACGAUGUUAUCACAGACCUCGCUCAGAAGGUCGCUAGCCUUGCUGGCGAUGCUCUCGGCGACAUCAUUGACAACCACCCUCAAGUCAAGGAGAAGCUCGGCGGUAGCGUCGACCAGCUUAAGGACCUCGGCGAGCAGUACGGCCCCGAGGCCAAGAAGCAGGUUGACGAGACCUGGAAGCAGGUCAAGGACAUCUUCGCCAGUGGCUUCAGUGCCACCAGCAUCCAGAAGGCCCGCAAGCUGAUCGAGGAGAAGGUCGAGCAGAUCAAGAAGCUCGGCGACAAGGCCUGGCAGAAGGGUCUGGAGGAGGCCAAGCCCUACCUCGACAAGAACCCCAAGGUCAAGGAGCUUCUCGAGAAGAACGCCGACGCACUCAAGCAGGGCAACGCCGCCGAGGUCUUCAAGCGUGCCAAGUCCGCCGUCGAAUCUGGUGAUCUAGGUGACCUGGAGAAGUACGUCAAGGACGCUGCUGAGAAGGCCAAGUCCAAGGGUUCUGAGCUCACCGGCGGCUGGGUCGACCUUGACAAGUACAUCAAGCAGAUCCCCAACGGUGGAGAGGUCAUGGAGAAGCUCCAGCAGCUGAGCAAGGUUGCCGACGAGCACAAGGAGGAGGGCGAGAAGCUGUUCAAGGAGACCGUUGAGGAGCUACGACAAGUGUUGGAGAAGAAGUCCGAGAAGGCAGAGGAGAUUGCCGGCUCGGCCAAGAAGGAGGCCUCGAAGGAGGCCUCCAAAUAA